GAUUUAUUUAUUAUCUGAUUCACCUUUAAUUAAAUGUCCAAUGUUUACCUGUUCACCGGUUCACCUGUUGUUUACUUCCGUUCCCCCUUGCGACGGUGUGUGGGCUUCUAUUUCCUAGGGCAGUUUAUCCUAUGAGAAUCUAACGGAAACAGCAUGAAUAAAGGCUUGGAGUAUAGCACGAGCCACGGCUCCAUUCUGGCGGAGCGUGGCCCCAGAAAUAUGGUUCCCCUAAACAACUACCCGGCCGGUACCGGAAAGAGCAUUGUCUGGACUGGAGCCGCGUACUAUGUUCCUAGUGAAAACAGGUGGAUAUCCCAGCACAACUACCGCUCACUACCCCGAGAAGCGCGGAGGGACGCCAUCUACUUUGAGCGUGAAGACGAUUGGGUGUCCUGGAAAAUCAAGAACGAUAAACCACACCCACCAUCAGGAAUAAGCAUGUCCGGCGUGCCCACGUCCUAUACAGGAGUUCCCGUCCCCACACUGCUGCCAUGGAAGGUUGACGCCAUUAACCGCCCUUGGAACGGCGCGGGCCAUUUCCUGCCAACCGGAAAUAAAUGGUUUCACGACACCGACAGCCCGGGGCUCCCGCGAGAGUCUCUUCAAUUCUAUAACGAAGAAGACUGGAUGAAGUUUAAAUACAUGGUGAACAACCCUUCUAUGCCAAAAUACAAGUAGCAGAGAAAAAAGGGAAUACUGUUGUUGUUUUUUUACCUAUAUUUCGUGCAUUUUGAAAACUAGUAUGCACCAAUCAAUGUUUUGCUCCACCGGGUGUCGGAGGGCAGGGCGAUGGGAGUGGCGAGCACACCAAUCCACCCAGGGGACGUAGACAAAGUGCUCUUUUUGGUUUCUUCAUCCUGACCCUGGUGAAAGUUGCCAUAAUCCCUCGGCAUAAAUAUUCCCUUGAAAAAAAAACUCAUUCCGGCCAAGGGUAUUUUCCAGGAUGGGGUGGCGGUCUCAAUGGGGCUGUCAAAGUCCCGCCUUUCGGGUAUCGCUAUCUGUACCAUGUCCCGGCCAAUAUGCUUGCCGCCCCCACCCCGCCUCCCUCCUUCCGGUGUGGCAACUCAUAGAUCGGUGCAUGAUGUAUUACUAUUAGUGGUAUUUAUAGCGUAUGUUUAUAUUGGAAGAAUGUAAAUAUAUCAUUAUAAUGUACGUUUUUGAAUGCAACUUAUUUAAGCAUUUACAUUAUCAGUAUUGGAAUUUGAAAUCAAAUAGUUUUGAGGUACAUUGCGGAUAAACGUAUAAUGCUUUAGCAUUUUUAUUUUAUAAAAAAUUAUGUUGUUUAAAAUGAACGAAAUACCGUUUUACGUAUUAGAUCAUCAAAAUAACUGUCAUAUUAAAAAAUUCAAAUAUUUUUUUUUAAAAGUCUUGUUGUACAACUGUUCUUUUGUUAUUAGCCACUUUGUUCCUAAUGUGCAAGUUAUUGUUAUUUCUAUAUUUUAUGUGUGUUUUUAUUACAUUAUUCUAUUGAUAACUUAAUAUAAUAUAUUUCUCUACACUGUGCACGUUUUGUAUUUUCUUAUGAUCGUCAGUAUUAUUAAAAAAGACUGUUAGUAUUUUAUCAAAUAAAUUA